UGCAGUCGUGUCCUUUUUUAGACAAGCGUCAGCUUUGUGGGGUCUCUUCUUAAGUUUUUACCAAAUACACACGGAUUGUCUGCUGUUCAUUUGACGUGGACAUCGGCUUGAAGAACGGUUCCAAGUUUCACCUCGCAUCGGGAAAAAUAAUACAAAAUGCCUGGACCAGCAGCAAGUGCAACUAAUGUUGGGGCAUCUAGCCGAUCCCCAAGUAAGACUGUGGCUCCCCGUGCAGCAGGAUCCACGGUCCGACAGAGAAAAGCCACCAGCAGCAGUACACGCAGUGCUGGCAGGACCACGGGAUCUGCAGGUACAGGUGGCAUGUGGCGCUUCUACACAGAAGACUCGCCAGGCCUCAAAGUUGGCCCGGUACCAGUGCUGGUGAUGAGUUUGCUCUUCAUCGCUUCGGUCUUCAUGCUGCACAUCUGGGGGAAAUACACGCGCUCUUAAACUCUGCCCGAUGACCUCUGACCCUGCGGCUUGGCUUCUUAACACAUCGGACCUGGACCAAACAACAAAUGAACAACAUCAACAACAAACCUUACUCCCCUGGUUCCCUUCGGCACUACAACAAACAACUUGAUUUUAAUUUUUUGUAUGCAUCCGAUUCAGUACAUGAUCUCCAUCUGCACGGAUGUUGGUAUCCAACUUGUUGCUUUUGCGCUUCCUGUGGUUUUAAUAUCUGAAGGGUUGAACGGGAGGAAGCCAUGCAAGCCCACCGCCGUUGUCAUGUGUGUUUGUGGCUCACACUUCAAGCAGCGUGUUCCUGCCACGGCUGCCUGGUGUAGUGCAGUACACAAGGACAUAAUUGUUUUUAUGUCCCAGCAAACGGUUGUCCCUUGCAGCCUGGAUUUUUUUUUUUUU